AUGGAGGUUUUCAAGGGCUCAAUAGCAGCAGAAGGCCAUAUGCCAGCUAUGUUCAAAUACAACGAGGGCAAUUUCAUAGCCAUUAUUGCCGCAGGUGACGAAGGUAACCGCAACCUUGUUAUGUAUCCCUUUCGUAUGCAUUGGUAUAUGAGUGUUUCCUGUACUGUCCCCGACACGAUCCUGAAAGAUCUGACUAGUCUUGAGUACUCUUGGAACGCAAAGGGGAACGUGGAGGAGUUGGCGGAGAAUAUCCGGGGGUUCCCGAGAUGGCUGAGACGGCUUUCUAGUUAUGUUAAGGGCCGGGGCGUAUUGAUCGGCGAUGCCGCCCAUUCGAUGGUUCCGUACCAAGGACAGGGGGCCAACCAAUGUCUCGAAGAUGUGGAAGGGCUUAAUGCGCUUUUUGCGGAUGUUUCCGACGGUGACUUUAUCCCCGACCGACUGCGACUCUGGGACCGCAUUCGACGACCACGGGCCUCAGGCAAUUCAGAAAAGCGCGCGUGUUUCGCAGUCCAAAAUAUCGACCAAAGAAGCGACACAAGCGAUCUUGGCGGUGGAGCCCUACGUGAGGAUGAAGGAGGCACUUGCGCGACUAUAAGCGCAAGUAAUCGAGGGUAA